AUGGCUAGAUUCAUUCGGGAAGAGGGGGAGGCUAUUUGUGAUAUUCCUCUAAGUCAAAGGCAAGUCCUUGAUUCUGUUUUUUGGAAGCACAGUAAGGAUGCCAUCUUCACAGUAAAGUCGGCUUACAAGGUUGCACGGGCUCUCUUGAAGAAGGAUGAUUGGGCUGAACCAUCAUCAGGAAGUGGAGAAUCAACCAUUCAUGUGUUAUGGGAAUGUACAGCAGCCCAGGAUAUUUGGCAUGGUAGUGUUAGGGCCUUGCAGAAGUAUGGAACGGGGCAACCUGACUUUGUAACUCUGUUGGAGUAUCUGCUGCAUCAGAUUGACAAAACAGAGGUGGAGCUAAUGUUAGUACAAGCAUGGUUGAUUUGGAAUCAACGGAACAGAGUGGUGCAUGGAGGCAAAUUUCUAGAACCGGGCUGGUUGAAUAAGCGUGCUGCUAAGUUGCUUGAGGAAUUCUGGCAGUCACAGAACAGUUUACAAGCUAAAGCGGUGUUGAAUGCGAAUAGGCAGGUGCUGCAGAACGCUGAGGUGGGUUGGCAACCUCCACCAGAAUCCGUGUAUAAGCUGAAUUACGACGCAGCUAUGUUUACGGAUUCUGCUAGCUCUGGGUUUGGUGCUGUGAUCAGAGACUCAAGUGGUGAAGUCAUGGCAGCAAUGACAGUCAAGGGUCCAGCAGUCCGGGACAGUGAUGAGGCGGAACUGCUCGCAUGUCAAAAGGCGAUGGAAUUUGCAAUUGAUGCUGGCUUCACGGUGCUAAUAAUAGAAGGGGAUAGUGUCAACGCUAUAAGGGGUAUUGUAUCAGGAAAGGAAAACCAGUCAGCUCUUGGGCACGUCAUUGGGGACAUUAGGCAUUUGAUGGGAGCUGUGGAGUGGAGUUCUGUGAGUUGCAUUAAGAGGAAUGGUAAUAGGGUGGCCCAUGCACUUGCUAGAUAUGCACAUCACGUUAGUUCUGAUUUAUUUUGGAUGGAAGAGGUUCCAUCAGUUGCUUUGGAUUUUGUAAACUUUGAUGCUUCCUUGAUUUAA